AUGCCGGGAGGUGCGGAUGGCAGCUCCCGGGGUUCAGCGAGCCGAGAGCGCAGCGAGGGCCGCGGUGUGAACGGUUCUGCCUCCAGGAUGGAUGCUCACGUGAAGCCUCUGAUGCCAGCUCAAGUCACCAGGGUGACUGCUCUAUCUGCUCCAGCUGUGACUUUCAUGGCAACCAAUUUGAUGGAUCAGACGUUAGCAGGUAACGGCAAGGAAUCGAGCAGAGCCUCCUGCCCCCCGGCCUUGAUCCUGCACACCGACAGGAAGCGGAAGCUGCUGCACAAUGGGGACGAUAAGGACCAUGCUUUAAAGCUGCUGAGCGAGGAUGACAGCGCAGCAAACGGCAACAAGCCCGUGGCGUCCACGCCGGUGCCGGGAUCGCCGUGCCUCACCGUGGUCGCUGCGGGGGCUGCGCUGGGGCUCGCCGUGCUCUGCUCCUCCGCGCGCUUCUGCUGCGGCUUCGCAGCGAGAAUCAUGGACCAUCACCAAGCUGAUGCUGGGGUGUCAUUCUGGAGCAGGAGCAGGAAAGCUGAGUGGGGCUGGAGGUUGUGCCCCUUAAAACAAAUCAGAAGGUGCGUAGUCUGGACUGGAGAUGACAGAGUCUUCUUCUUCAACCCUACAAUGCAGCUGUCCGUGUGGGAGAAGCCGAUGGAUCUCAAGGACCGCGGCGACAUCAACAGGAUCAUUGAAGACCCACCUCAUAAGCGCAAACUGGAAACUUCAGCAACAGAUAGAAGCAUUAGUUCAUGUCCAGGGGAUGAAAGUGAUGAUCUUAGCAUCAAAACUAAGAGAAAUAAGACGGAGGAUCCCCGGCCGGCCGAGCGGGACCGCGGUGGCGCGGAGGAGCCCAGGAUCGCCGAGGCGGGCGGCCUCCGCACCCCUGUCCCUUAUGGGUUACUUUUCUGUAACUCUCAGUCUGAUGAAUAUCGUCUCGUUACACGGUUCAUAGUAUGGCUUACUCUGCGCUUUAAUGUUUCAGCAUUUUCUACAUGGGAAAAAGAAUUACACAAAAUAGUAUUUGAUCCACGCUACCUUCUACUGAAUUCUGAAGAACGUAAACAGAUAUUUGAACAGUUUGUCAAGGCCAGGAUAAGAGAAGAGUACAAAGAGAAAAAAAAUAAGCUAUUGCUAGCCAAAGAAGAAUUUAAAAAGCUCCUGGAAGAAUCCAAGCUGUCGCCAAGAACAACGUUUAAAGAGUUUGCAGAGAAAUAUGGAAGAGAUCAGCGGUUUCGACUUGUCCAAAAGAAGAAGGACCAAGAGCAUUUUUUCAAUCAGUUCAUACUUAUUCUUAAAAAGAGGGACAAAGAAAACAGGAUAAGGCUACGGAAAAUGAGAUAAAUCCUGAAACUGGCAAUAAAUAGACAAGUUAGUGCUGUGACUGCAGUAGAAAUUAAACAAAAGAAAAGAGCAUUUG